GUGAUUCUGUAGAGAAAGAUUUAAGUUCUGAGUGAUAAGGAAGACAAUAACAGACAGCCUAAAUCAUGUACAAAACGCUAUCAGCUUCCACGGUUGGCCUUCUUUUGGCUUUGGCAUUGACCAGCAGCUGCCUCGGCGUACGAGGAGUGGAGUUUGAGAAUUGUGGCAACUCGGACACAAUCGGAAACUUCACCCUGGUGGAAGUGUCCAACUGUGACUUGGCGCAGCCAACAUGCAUUCUGAAGCGAAACAGCAACGCCACCAUCUCGAUUACGUUCACCAGUGAUGAGGAAGUCACCGAGCUGAAAGCAGUCGUCCAUGGAAUCAUCCUUGGCAUGGAAGUCCCCUUCAAGCUGCCCAACAACGAUGGCUGCAAAGACAGUGGUCUGGAGUGCCCCUUGGCUAAGGAUACCGAAUACAAGUACAGCACCACGUUGCCAGUAUUGAAGCAGUACCCGAAGGUGGCAGUGGAAGUGAAAUGGGAACUGAAAUUCGACGAUAAGGACGUCAUUUGCGUCGUGAUCCCGGCCAAGAUCCAGUGAACUCAGCCCAAUCAGAAGGCAAUCUCGUCGAUGCAAUCAGCUGACGCAGCAGGAAGCAAAAACUGGACGAAGACGCCGAGAACCUAGCGAAUUGAUGGAGACUGCUGCUGCAGUAGUGAAUUGAAUUAGAUUAAGCAUCAAGUCAAUUUAAGCUGCCCUGACCCUCCACCGCCCCUUAGUUACCAUCCGGAGUCUGUUUCCUGUUCGUGUUUGUUCAUCCAUGCAUUCAAUCGUCGUCGUCGUCGUCGUCGUCGUCGUUGUAUCGCAUAGUAGGCACUACUCUGAGUAAGUAACUUCAACUUUUCUUCUUCUGUCAACUUCCUCUUUCUUUCAUCAAUCAUUCCCAAUUGCCGGCAUUCAUUGUAGUAAACUUGGUUGUGAGCUCAACCAAUCAACAAUAAAUAAUAAAAAAAAAUAGAGAAGAGACAGAUAUUCCCUCCAAGAAC